CAGAGCUAAGUUAAGAAUUUAGUAUUUUUCGCUUCACCGGCGGGCGGCAACCUCGCCUUGGCCGCCCGUCGGACCUCAACCUAGUCCGCUAGAAUUUUCUACACAUACCUUGAAAUUUCUUCGAGUCCACCACCUUCAAUAAACCCAACUGAGACUACUCUGGCCUCAAGAGGAUUUGUCUCUCGUGAAACAAUCUGUUGGAGAGCAAGAAUUGACAAAGAGGCUGCAAGAAUUGGGUCUCUAGUCAUAUAUGGGGCUGCCACGUGUCCACCUUUCCCUUGAGCUCUUCCAUUAGAGCUCUAAAACAUUUUUUAGAGUCUUGGCAUUACAGAGAAGAAGAGAUGGAGAAGAUAGAGCAUAAGAGCAUAAGCGUGAAUGGCAUAAACAUGCACGUAGCAGAGACAGGUGAAGGACCAGCUGUCCUCUUUCUUCACGGCUUCCCUGAGCUAUGGUACUCAUGGCGCCACCAGAUGCUCUCUUUCUCCUCUUCCGGCUACAGAGCAAUCGCCCCCGAUCUCCGCGGCUACGGAGACACCGAUGCUCCUCCUUCCGCCACCAACUACACCGCCCUCCACAUCAUCGGCGAUCUCGUCUCCCUCCUCGACUCCUUGGAUCUCCACCAGAUCUUCACUUUCAAAUCAUUGCUACCCGAAGAUUGUUUGGAUGCUGCUGGUGGACCGCAUUCAUGUGGCUUUUUCAUCAUGGAAGAGCUGCACAAGACUUUCGAGUGUGGCUUGAAGUUGAAUGCUAUUCGUGAGUAGAAUUAUUACAUGGGAGAUUUGGUUAAAAUCUCUUUGUAAUAAAAUUUUAAUGCAUUAAAGACAAGCACAAAAAGUUUUCCUUGAAAAAUCUAAUACAUAUCACUAUUAUCAAAAUAUUAAACUUUAAAAUAACAUAUCUUUUGAUCUAGGAGUUGGUUUUUAAUAAAAUUAGUGUUUUUAAGAUAUUCUAAUUAAGAUCUAUCAAAUAAGAUUUAUGUUGACUAUGAAAUUCUUUUAAAAAAAAAAAAAAUUAUUACCGUUGAAAUUGAUGUAAAGAGUAACAUGUUAUUUUAUUUGACAGUAACAUAUUAUUCUGUUUCACAGUAACAUGUUACUUUUGUAAUAUUAUUCAAGAAAAAAAAAAUUAUUUGUCCUUAUUCAAUUGUGUAUUUUCUCUUUAAGAAAUUUAUGAAGUAAAAUAAAUUGGAUUAGCUUUUUUACCAAAUAACGAUCUAAUAAAAGAAUUUUGGCUAAAUUUCUUGUAUUACGUUUCCUUCUGUGCGCUGGUCUGGAUUUCAUAUUAUAUGGUAGUUUAGUUUGUUUAUUUGUUGUUUGAUACAUUAUAAAUGCCCUUGUGAACAUGGCCGGAAGUUUAUUGUUACUUUCAAGAUAGGGAAUAUGUAUUGCAACUUGCAAAUGAAGCCCCCUGUGUUUGAUUUAUUUGUUUGUUUA